GGGAAAAAUAAGUUCCGUGUUGUUUUACUCCGUACUUAAUAGUUUAUUUGGCAGUUCAAUUUUAUUGUGAUAAUUGUGUUAGCUUAAGAAAAUAGAACUUAUAGCACUUAAAGUUUGUAGAACGAUCUACUGGCUAUACGUUGUAUUUCAACCGAAGAAUAAUCAUUGUUUGCGUUUGUUCGCCGGCAUUCGUGUCCUAACCUCAACUUAUUUUUGACGAAAAACUGAGAAAAACUGUACACCAUGGGGGUUUGGAGUCGUUUUAUGUCCAAAAAGCUUGUAUCAGGUACAGUGAUCGGUGCAAUUGGGGGUGUAUCCGGCUAUUGGUUUAUUUCGAAAACCUCCGAACGCCGGACAGUGGAAAAUUCAUUCACAACCAACUAUGAACCGUCUUCGUGUGCAAGAUGGGAAUGGAACUGGGACCACCGUGAUCCGAAAAGUCUCGUAAAACCACUCAAAAAAGUGGAUGAUCCGGAAUCGCAGAACGAUUACAAUAAGGCAGUGGAAUUGAAGAAAGGUCGUGCCAUUCGCCAUCUGAUUCUGGUACGCCAUGGCCAGUACAAUCUCGACGGUAUGACCGACAGUCAGCGAACGUUAACCGAGCUGGGACGUAAACAGGCCGCCUUGAGCGGAGAGCGACUGAAGCAUCUCGCUCUACCGUACGAUGAAAUCGUUCGUUCAACGAUGACCCGUGCACAAGAGACAGCGGAGAUAAUAGGCAAAUCAUUGAUGCAUCUAAAACUGGUCAACUGUCCGCUGCUAGAGGAAGGAUCGCCCAUUCCUCCGGAACCUCCGGUUGGUCACUGGCGUCCUGAAGCAUCGCAGUUCUUCCAGGAUGGUGCUCGAAUCGAGAGUGCAUUCCGGAAAUAUUUUUACCGAGCCGACCCGUCCCAGAAGUCGGACUCGUACACCAUCAUUGUAUGUCACGCCAACGUGAUACGGUAUUUCGUAUGUCGAGCUUUGCAGUAUCCCGCCGAAGGAUGGCUACGCAUUUCGCUUGGGCACGCAUCGCUAACCUGGGUAUCCAUCUACCCGGAUGGACGGGUGUCACUACGCACGUUGGGCGACUGUGGUCACAUGUCGAAGGAUUGUCUUACGCGAUAAAACGGAUACACAUUGGCGUGAGUGAGUUUAACGAAGGAGUAUUUCUGCAGACUGUGCGGAAAGGUGCGGCAGCUAUGUUGGCACAGAGUGUAAAGUGAAAUUGCAAUCUUGGAGGAAUAUCGCCACAUUUUAGGAAUAAGAAUCCAUCGAAACGAAGCAUUAAAUUGGUAUUCUGAAUACUGAAAGAACAUCAUCAAUACGCACCGUUUCCCGAAGGGCCGGUCUUAAAAAGGACCAGGCAAACUGAAAACAUGUCACCGGGACCGAUUUUGGAAACCAUUGAAGAUCCCUCCUCAGUAUCUCAGUGCCAUUCCAGAGUAUCCUUACGUAGACCGUUCUCACACGUCAAAUGCGGUUUAAAAGAUUUGAUAUACUCGCAAAUCAGUGAAGCGAACGAGAAAAACGUUUUUACAAAGCUUUUUUCUUGAAAAAACUAACAACACGUAAGGGACUUUAGGACACAGGACUUCCAUUUUCAAUUUCGAUUACGGAAAUGCACUCCACCAAGCAGGAUCUUGCAUUUUUAAUAAUCUUUAAACGAACAUGUGAUUGAAUUCCUUGUAUUUGUAAGCAACCCCUCUAGAGGAUUGUUAACAGAGGAGAAACUGUUUUGUGAAAGGAGCGAUACUCUUUAAUAUCUUCCCUUCUUCUGCAACAGCCAGACAUUACAACAAUCGCUUAAACGGUUUGAAAUGUUUGCCAAUGACAGCCCACGAUGGUUCCGGUUCC